AUGAUACUGAAUGAGUACUUGGGCCAUGUAAGUAAACACAGAGCAGACUGGUAUGGAACAAGAGCGAGCGGUCGCGUCUCGGUCAAUAAUUUAUCACAACGACGGUGCCCUCCUCAAUCGUUUCGAAGUGGAACAAAAAGAUAUUAUCCGACAGGCCUGUACUCCCAUAUCGAAAUAUCACGGGAUAGUUCAAGGCUGCCUCUGAGUGAGGGACAUCGGCCCAACCGCUCAUCAAGCGAAAUACCAAUGAGGUGCACAAUUCAAAUUUGUCAGCUACUAAACUGCGGAAUAUUCGCCCCUUUGCCACGAGAAGUCGCGGAACAGUUGGCCCGGGAAGCACGAGGCGAACCGCUUCGCGACCACUCGCGGCACCAAGGUGAGGAUUGCGUAAUUUAG